GCGGGGCUCGGCGGCCCGGGCCGGCCAGGGGACGCCGGCUCCGGGGGACACACCAGCAUGAGGCGGAGAUUAAUGUGACAGAAUCAGGUGGAUCAGCAGCCAUCCCACUGCCCCUUUGUUGGGGGCUGCUGAGAGCGGGGAAGCAUGGAGGACAGCAAGAACGAGACAAUGAAUCGCGCUCAUGUCCUCUUCGACCGGUUUGUGCAGGCCACCACCUGCAAGGGGACCCUCAAGGCCUUCCAAGAACUCUGUGACCACCUAGAACUGAAGCCUAAGGACUACCGCUCCUUUUAUCACAAGCUCAAGUCCAAGCUUAACUACUGGAAAGCCAAAGCGCUGUGGGCCAAGUUGGACAAGCGGGGUAGCCACAAAGACUACAAAAAGGGAAGAGCAUGUGCUAACACCAGGUGUCUCAUCAUUGGAGCUGGCCCCUGUGGUCUCCGUACAGCCAUUGACUUAUCCUUAUUGGGAGCUAAGGUGGUCGUUAUUGAGAAACGAGAUGCCUUCUCCCGCAACAAUGUCUUGCAUCUCUGGCCAUUCACCAUACAUGAUCUGCGAGGUCUGGGUGCCAAGAAGUUCUAUGGCAAGUUCUGUGCUGGAGCUAUUGACCAUAUCAGUAUCCGUCAGCUUCAACUAAUACUUUUGAAAGUAGCCCUGAUCCUAGGCAUUGAGAUCCAUGUCAAUGUGGAAUUCCAAGGUCUUGUACAGCCUCCUGAGGACCAAGAAAAUGAACGGAUAGGUUGGCGGGCACUGGUCCACCCCAAAACCCAUCCUGUGUCAGAAUAUGAAUUUGAAGUGAUCAUCGGAGGGGAUGGCCGUAGGAACACCUUGGAAGGAUUUCGCCGGAAAGAAUUUCGUGGCAAGCUGGCCAUUGCCAUUACAGCAAAUUUUAUUAACCGAAAUACAACAGCAGAAGCCAAAGUGGAAGAGAUCAGUGGUGUGGCUUUUAUAUUCAACCAAAAAUUUUUCCAGGAACUGAGGGAAGCCACAGGUAUUGACUUGGAGAAUAUUGUCUACUACAAAGACGACACACACUAUUUUGUUAUGACAGCCAAAAAGCAGAGUUUGCUAGACAAAGGGGUGAUACUGCACGACUAUGCCGACACAGAGCUCUUGCUUUCCCGGGAGAAUGUGGACCGAGAGGCUCUGCUGAACUAUGCCAGGGAGGCGGCAGACUUCUCCACUCAGCAGCAGCUGCCAUCUCUGGAUUUUGCCAUCAAUCACUAUGGGCAGCCUGAUGUGGCCAUGUUCGACUUCACUUGUAUGUACGCCUCCGAGAAUGCUGCCUUGGUGCGAGAGCAGAAUGGACACCAGUUGUUAGUGGCCCUGGUUGGGGACAGCCUCCUAGAGCCUUUUUGGCCAAUGGGAACAGGAAUAGCUCGAGGAUUUCUAGCUGCUAUGGACUCAGCCUGGAUGGUACGAAGUUGGUCUCUAGGAACAAGCCCCUUGGAGGUCCUGGCCGAGAGGGAAAGCAUUUAUAGGUUGCUGCCUCAGACCACCCCUGAGAAUGUGAGUAAAAACUUCAGCCAAUACAGUAUCGACCCUGUCACCAGAUAUCCCAACAUUAACAUCAACUUCCUCCGCCCGAGCCAGGUGCGCCAUUUAUAUGAUACUGGGGAAACAAAAGAUAUUCGUCUGGAAAUGGAGAACCUGGUGAAUUCCCGAACUACCCCAAAGUUGACUCGCAAUGAGUCUGUAGCUCGUUCAAGCAAACUACUGGGUUGGUGCCAAAGGCAGACAGAUGGCUAUGCAGGGGUAAAUGUGACAGAUCUCACUAUGUCUUGGAAAAGUGGACUGGCCUUAUGUGCGAUCAUCCAUAGAUACCGCCCUGAUCUGAUAGAUUUUGAUUCUUUGGAUGAGCAAAAUGUGGAGAAGAAUAACCAACUGGCCUUUGAUAUUGCCGAGAAGGAGCUGGGCAUUUCUCCCAUCAUGACAGGCAAAGAAAUGGCCUCGGUGGGGGAGCCUGACAAGCUUUCUAUGGUGAUGUACCUGACUCAGUUCUACGAGAUGUUCAAGGACUCACUCCCCUCCAGUGAGGCCCUGGACCUGAAUGCUGAGGAGAAAGCAGUUCUUAUAGCCAGCACCAAAUCCCCCAUCUCCUUCCUCAGCAAACUUGGACAGACCAUCUCUCGGAAGCGUUCUCCCAAGGACAAGAAGGAGAAGGACCCGGACGGCGCGGGAAAGAGGAGAAAGACCAGCCAGUCGGAAGAGGAGGACGUGCCCCGGGGCUACAGAGGAGGAAGGCCCACACUGGUGAGCACUCUGACAGACAGGAGAAUGGAUGUGGCCCUUGGCAAUCAGAACAAAGUGAAGUACAUGGCGACCCAGCUGCUGGCCAAAUUUGAAGAGAAUGCACCCCCACAGUCCACUGGCAUGAGGAGACAGGGCUCAAUAAAGAAGGAGUUCCCGCAGAAUUUGGGAGGCAGCGACACGUGCUAUUUCUGCCGGAAGCGGGUCUAUGUUAUGGAAAGGCUGAGUGCUGAGGGCAAGUUCUUCCAUCGGAGCUGCUUCAAAUGCGAGUACUGUGCCACCACCCUGCGACUCUCGGCCUACGCCUAUGACAUUGAGGACGGUAAAUUCUACUGCAAACCACACUACUGUUAUCGACUCUCCGGCUCCGCACAGAGGAAGAGACCAGCAGUGGCUCCUCUCUCUGGAAAGGAGCCCAGAGAAGCCCUGCAGGAUGGCCCAACUGUGGACGCAAAUGGACGGGCCAGCGCCAUGGCCAGCCCUGCUGAGAGAACCCCAGGUUCAAGCGUGAAUGGCCUCGAAGAGCCUAGCAUUGCCAAGCGACUCAGGGGCACUCCUGAACGGAUUGAGCUGGAGAACUACCGCCUGUCUGUGAAACAGGCCGAGGAGCUGGAGGAGGUGCCCGAGGAGACGCAGGCUGAGCACAACCUGAGCAGUGUGCUGGACAAAGGCGCAGAGGAGGAUGUGGCCAGCAGCAGUUCUGAGUCUGAGAUGGAGGAAGAGGAGGAAGAGGAGCCUCCUCUGCCCACCUCAGACCUGGGUGGCGUUCCUUGGAAGGAGGCUGUGAGGAUCCAUGCUCUUCUGAAAGGAAAGAGUGAAGAGGAACUAGAGGCCUCAAAGAGCUACGGGCCUGGGAACGAAGAGGAGGAGGAGGAGGAAUAUGAAGAGGAGGAAGAGGAGGAGGAGGAGGAAGAAUAUGAGGAGGAGGAGGAAGAGUCUAGUGAAGUUGGGAGCCAGAGUCUACAACAGAUCCUAUAUCCGGCCAACCCCUUGGAGAUCCAGGCUGAUGUGCACUGGACACAUAUUCGCGAGAAAGAGGAGGAGGAGCGUAUGGUACCAACCUCUGAGUCCUCCACUUCUAGAGUCCCAUUUGAUGAGAAUGACGUGGAGGAAGAUGUGGACUCGGAGCCGGCAGAGAUAGAAGGGGAGGCAGCGGAGAAUGGGGACACAGGGGACACUGGUGCUGAGCUGGAUGAUGAUCAGCACUGGUCUGAUGAUAUCCCGUCGGAAGCUGAAACGGAGCUUCGCGUGCGGCAACAGGCAGUGGUGGAAGCGGAGCUGGAGCUGAGGGCAUCAGAAAGCGAGGAGGAGCAACCUGUCACCACACCAGGGCACCAGGAGAGAAGUCCCGCCCAAGUCCCCAGCCCUGCCCCGUCCCCUGAGGAGCAAGCCGGUCUGCUCUCCCCAGGCCACAGCCCUGUGGCAGAGGGGGCCCAAAUCCCACCUGUCUCUGUUGCUACCAAAGUGAAAUUGCCCGAGGAGAGCCUUUUCCCUGAACCUUUGCUCCCCAAAAUGAAGCCCAAAGCAGAAGUGCCCACUGACCAGAGAGCUGUGCGCUCUCCUAUCCGAUUGCAGCCAGUGGCUCUGCCGGAAGCCAGGACACCUACCUCCCCAGUUAGUUCACAGCUCCUGUCACCGUUGGCCACCUCCACCCCCACCUCCACCCCCACCCCCACCCAGCUCCCCAUUUGCUCCCAGCCUCAGCCUUCCUCUGAGGCCACUAUCCCAUCCCCCACCAAGUCCCCCAUAUGCUUCCAGCCUGUUCCAGCCAAAACAUCCAUCCCCAUGGUUCCCCUCCCCUUGAAGAACCAAAGGGAUGCCAAGGAUAGACUGGGAAGCCCUCUCGCUGUGGAUGAGGCCCUGAAACGGAACGAUCUGGUGGCAGAGUUCUGGAUGAAGAGCGCCGAGAUCCGCCGCAGCCUCGGGCUCACACCUGUGGAUCGGAGCAAGGUGUCCGAGUCCAGCUUCCCGUCGCCUGCCUUUAAACCAGUGUCCCUAAAAUCCUAUUCAGUUGAGAAGUCUCAGGGUGAGGGCCUCCAGCUUCUAAAACCUCCACCUGUUCCUAAGAGGCUAGGCCUGCCGAAGUCAGAUGGUGACCAGCCCUCCCUGCCAACCCCCAAGUCCCCAUCUGACAGAGAGCUGAAAAGCUCCCAUGAGGAGAGAAGAGAUCUAUCAAGCAGCUCUGGGCUGGGCCUUCAUGGGAGCUCCUCCAACAUGAAAACCUUGGGCAGCCAGAGCUUCAACACCUCAGACUCCACCAUGCUCACUCCACCUUCAAGCCCACCCCCACCCCCACCCCAGGAUGAGGAGCCCGCAACUCUUCGAAGGAAGCCAUAUCAGACUUAUGAGCAUAAGGAGACCAAGCCCAAGGCCUCGGUGAUCCCACCCCCACCACCUGCCUCCUUUAUGCGGGCCCCCCGAGAACCCGCCCAGCCCCCCCGAGAGGAGGUGCGGAAGUCGUUUGUGGAGAGUGUGGACGAGAUCCCCUUUGCCGACGACGUGGAGGACACCUAUGAUGACAAGACAGAGGACUCGAGUCUACAGGAGAAGUUCUUCACACCCCCCUCCUACUGGCCCCGCAUAGAGAGGCCCCUCCACUCACCCCUAGCCAAGGAGAAUGGUAGGUUGCCUACUCUGGACAGUGGGGUCCAGCCACAGAAGAGGGGCCUGCCCGUGGUCUCUCCAGAAGCCAAGGAGCUGGCUGAGGAGCGCAUGCGAGCCAGGGAGAAGUCUGUGAAGAGCCAGGCGUUGAGAGACGCUAUGGCCAAGCAGCUGAGUAGGAUGAAGGAGAUGGAGAUGGCGGCUGGGACCUCCAGGCCCCCAGGAGGCACCUCCCGCAAAGCCUCCUCAGUUCCCUCCAAGGGCAAAGACCUCGGCCCCGAGUCCCCUAAACGCCUGGUUCUCAAAGGCCCCAGGGAGCCUACCCUGAAGCACGAAGCCACUAGUGAGGAGGUCCUCUCCCCUCCAUCGGACUCAGGGGGCCCCGAUGGUUCGGUCACCUCAUCCGAGGGCUCCAGUGGGAAGAGCAAGAAGAGAUCGUCACUCUUCUCCCCCCGCAGAAACAAGAAAGAGAAGAAGUCCAAAGGUGAGGGCCGGCCCCCAGAGAAGCCCAGCCCAAAUCUGGAGGAAGCCGCUGCCAAGCCCAAGUCCUUGUGGAAGUCCGUCUUUUCUGGGUACAAGAAGGACAAGAAGAAGAAGGGAGAUGACAAGUCCUGUUCCAGCACCCCUUCCAGCGGUGCUACUGUGGACUCGGGCAAGCACAGGAUGUCUCCCAUUGUGAGAGCAGAGCUGCAGCUGCGGCGCCAGUUAAGCUUCUCGGAGGACUCGGACCUCUCCAGUGACGACAUCCUUGAGAGGUCUUCCCAGAAGUCCAGACGAGAGCCAAGAACUUACACGGAGGAGGAACUGAACGCCAAGCUGACCCGGCGUGUGCAGAAGGCAGCUCGGAGACAGGCCAAGCAAGAGGAACUGAAACGGCUACACCGAGCCCAGAUUAUCCAGCGGCAGCUGGAGCAGGUGGAGGAGAAGCAGAGGCAACUGGAGGAACGAGGGGUUGCCGUGGAGAAGGCACUCCGUGGUGAAGCAGGCAUGGGCAAGAAAGAUGACCCCAAGCUGAUGCAGGAGUGGUUCAAGUUGGUGCAAGAGAAAAAUGCCAUGGUGCGCUACGAGUCGGAGCUGAUGAUUUUUGCCCGGGAGCUGGAACUGGAAGACCGGCAGAGCCGACUACAGCAGGAACUUCGGGAGCGGAUGGCGGUGGAAGAUCACCUGAAAACUGAGGAGGAGUUGUCAGAGGAGAAGAAGAUCUUGAACGAGAUGCUGGAGGUGGUGGAGCAGAGAGACGCCCUCGUGGCCCUGCUCGAGGAGCAGCGACUCCGGGAAAAAGAAGAAGACAAGGACCUGGAGGCUGUCAUGCUAUCCAAGGGCUUCAGCCUGAACUGGUCCUGAGCUCUACCUGUGCUCCGGCUGGCUGGUCUGUGGCAUCCACCUGACCCAGGCUGGGUUCUCCGAAACCACCCAGAUGAAAGAUCUCAGAAGGCCCGGCAUCUCCUGGGAGUUGACACGCAAAUGCCUAUGUGCCUCUUGAAAAGUGGGUCAAGUGUCUGUGCUCUGGGGAACCCCAGGUGAAGAUGAUUAUCUGAGGUGGCUCAUCCUCCUUGGAAGAGGCCCACCCUGACUUCCUGCUCCAGAGAGAGAGGAAUACGGAGCAUUUGACAUGUGAUAUGGGAAAAAAGAAAACCCGCUCGCUCCCCGAGGACACGCGGUGGCUGGAGCUCCUCCUUCCACAAGAGGAGACAAGAGAAGGAAGCUGCCCCCUCUCCGUCAAAACCACAACCACCAGAGUGCACCUUCAUGGAGUGGAAGGGGCAGCGAUCUUCUUCAUGCUUCCUGAAGCACCACCAAAGAAACGAAGAAGACACCCCGGGGGGGCAAGAUGUGACUCAAGUCCCGGGAGAGGGGCAGUGGCCAGCAGGUCAGCUCCUGCCCCAGUAUCGCAGGGAAGCUGGAGAUGGGCUGGCUCCCGAAUUCACGAUGCAAGUAAGGAGGACCCAGGAGGGGUCUACUCCCUGGCCCCCUGUACCGCACACUGGACCCCUCGUGGCCAAAUGACCCAGGCCUCCCUCUGGCUGUGACCCAAGGCCUGAGGGUUGCUGCAUUCUGCUUUGAAUUCACAACAAUUUUGACACUGGAAAAUACUGACUUUGGGGGACAGGAUGAGGCCCUACAUUUCUAGCCCCCAGUUGACAGACAGGCGUUGUUACUGUUCAGCGCUUCACGUCGGGGUGGGAGAUUAUCUUUUUCCCUGACCUUUUUCCUGUGUUUGCACAUUGAGAUGAAGCUGUCAGCCUAGCAAGACGCUCAGCCGCUUCAGACCCUUUUUGUCAAUUAACUUAUUUUUUUAAUACUUGAAAAGAAGUAACUUCAUUUUUUAUAUCUUUACUAGAGACACUGAUCACUUGGCACCUGGUGUAGGAGUGACAGGGGUGUCUGCCGUGUCCUCCGACACGGUCCCAUCCCAAACUGACUGAACGCUGUUCCAGCCAUCUAUUUAUUAGCCUUCUUCAGAGUGUUGCUGACCCACUUGGCCUCAGGGAGCAGCUGAGAACCCCGCGUGGGUUCUUGGUCCUAGCUCUCCUGUGCCCUCCUGUACUUGGUGGCCAGCCCCUCCUCCUUCACCCGGCCCGCCCUCACUGUGGUACCAAACUUUGUGUCUGCACCAUUCAUUUGUCAGGGGUACAUUUCAGCACUGUUUGAGGCCAGGCCAAAGGGCCCAGAUGCCACUCGCCUCUCCCCGUUGAACCCUGGCUCUGCAGAACCCAUUUAUUUUCUCCAUUUUGGUGCCAGGGUUUCACCUCCCCACAGCACAUUUAUUAUUAAAGGUAAGCCCUUUUCCAUCCUGGCAUUGUAGGCUGGGACCUUGUAAUCCCUCUGGCUGAUGAGAAUUCCCUCAGCCCAGCCUCAGAUCCAACCCGAUAGAGAUGCAAGUAUUGGAAUUUAGGUUGGUCUCUCACAGUUAACUCUACCCCGAACCUCCUCUGCACCCCGAUUUUCAUGGAAAGGCACGGGAUAAUGAGUACCAUGUAACUGGCUCCUUGAGCCAAACUGCUCAUUUCUCACAGUUCAACCAGAGACUGGCAUUGUAUAGCUCAUAGAGCCACAGUCGGGGAAAAUGUGAUGGGGCAUCCACAGAACUGACACACGGUCAGCCCAGGGAGGAUUCCUGUCCGAGCCAGGCCGAUCCGGAAGGGCCCUCCAGCAGACUGGUGAAGAGGGGCCAGGGUAGGGCGAGCAGAGGCCUGGCAGCUCCUCAGAGUAGCCUAGAUCAGGUGUCCAUGACGACCUUGGGACUUCCGUGGGGAGCCCCGCCAAUGCCUCAGCUUGAAGCUUCAUUCCUAGUACAAAGGAACAGGGAACCUGUCUUGCUCUUCACUUUGUCCAGAAGCUGCCGUCUGUCUCCUGUGGAAGCGCAGAAGGUGUGCUGCUAGCAACCAUUGCAGCUCCGACUCCUUCACUUCCUGUUCUCGGAUGAGGCGGAGUGUCUGUGUUUAUGCGCUUUCUUAAAAAGGCGAGAGGAGGGUGUUCUGGAUUCCCUCUUUAAACUUCACCCUUCCAGUAAAAUUGGACUUGAGACAGGCCCCUCAUCGCCUGUGUGGCCUUGUCCCUGACCCUCUUCGCCCCUCGAAUGCUGCUGUAGCCAGCCCAGCCCCAGGAGAGCCGCCUCCAUCCCUCGUGGCUCCUGUGAACCCCGGAGCAAGGCAGCUCUGUGCCAAGUGGCAGGCUCGGGACACAACCGCAGCGACACGCUGUGAGUAGCCUCAUGUAGCGCGGGCGCCACACGGGACCUGUGCCCUCGUGGCCGGCCGGGCCCGGUCAGCCUUUAACACCCCUGCAUCCUUCCGAAGCACACCCUGCGGCCUGCGGUUGCUAGAAAGGGGACUGAAGACUUUGCAGAGAAGCUUCCAAAAUCCACAAGCCUCCAACACGUGCCCCGGUUCUCCACUCCCAACACUGUUAGGACUUCCGGCUCUAGUAGUGCCCCUUUACUUUUAAAGCUCCCGUUUUAUAACCACUAGUUUGCAGUUUAUUUUAGUACCCUGGUGACAGGCUGCAUGAAAUGUUUUCCAACUCUGGAAAUGCAUACAGCUCCAGGCAACUGUUCCUCCCGAGAUUUAAGUCCCCUUGAAGGCAGGGGACACAGGAAAUGAAAUGCCAGAGCUUGAGUGAGCCCAAACACAAGGCCCACACAGUAGGCAACCAGUCCUGCAUCACCAGAGGGAGGUAGCAGACACCUCCACUCCUGAGUCUGAGGGACUCCGUGUGGGGUUCUCACCCUGCUCAGGUGAUAUCUUUGGGCCUUUGCCCCCAGAAACCAUCCUCCAGUUGCUUUUGACCAGCAAUGAUAGACUGUUCUUUAUCCUCUGAAAAGGGAAGAAAGCUUUCAGUGGGGCAGGAGGUAGAGUUCAAAGAAAAACAGUUGUAAGGCGGUAAUAACUGAGCUGCAAAGGGGAAUGGGCCACUUUAUGCGCAAUAAAAGUUUUUCACAGAAAUACAGAGUGUAUUUCUUAAGUCAUUUUACCAAACUUGGCAGCGAGCCAGGAUGCAUUUCCACGUUCCAGCACCUGCCCUUUUCAGGUACGUGGUGUCCAUGCAAGUCAUUUAGAUGCCUGGCGCAUGUGUGGGUGUGUGUCCAAGCUUGUUUAAAGAACACAACUUCAUCUUACCCAGGCUGAGCCAUCAACUGCUGUCAUUUGAGAAAAUGCCUGAAACAACUUAGUGUGAUAGACGCUGUUCUUCAAAACCAGGCCCCAGUACCGUCUUGAAGAGAAGAAGCACGUUCUGUGAAGUGAGAUUCUUCAAGUUGGAGUGGUCCCGUGCUCCUGGCAGCCUUCCUUGCCAGCCCUGCGUCCAUGCCAGCCCGGCCUCUGUCCUUUGACACAGCUGAGCAGGGAGCCCAGUGGCAUGGGGUCUACAGCCUCCAGGCCUAAAUCUUUCAGAUGUGUCAGGGUCCACAAGUACGUUCAGCAUAGGGUCUUGGAGAGAUGAUAUCACCCUUCUUUGGACUGGAAUCAUCCCCAGGAGAUCGAAGGGAACAAUCCUGGCCAACUCUUCUCUCUGCUGCAGGAAGCCUCUUGGGUUUGUCUCCAAGUGGAGAUACAUUCCAGCUCUUUUCCCCUCCCUUGGUGUGAUGACUUUGUCAUCACCCACAGAGCUAACUGCAAAGGCACAUGUCUCCCUCCGGCCCAGUAACGGCUGCAGGGAGAGAAAAAAUGGCACUAGAUGGGUGGAGGGGAGUGUUGGCCAGCCUAGAGGUCUCUGCCAUGGAAGCUGGUUCCCAGAACCUCUCAGCCUUAUUGCCCGCUAUCCCAGAAAGAAGAAAGGGGCCUCUCUGACACCGACAUGGACAUCUCAGGCAGAAAAAAUAUAACUAGCUCGAGUGAACUUUCUGUGGCCAUGGUGCAUGCCUGCUGGGGAAGACUGGAGUUUGGUAGUCACCACCUGUGCCGAUCUCAGUCACCUUUUGUUCCUCAGAGGGGCUGGCUUUGAUUAGAGGCGGAAGCAGGCAGGAUUUGGCUGCGGUUCACAGCAGCCCCAGGUGGCCAGAAACGACUGCUGCUUUUAGGCUGGUAACCAGAAAGGAAGACUGCCCAGGCCCCCAUGUAAGUGCCACCUCAGAAGCACAUACCCUCAUUCCUUCCAAGAAACUACCAUGUCUUACGGCUCUGAAAUCCCUCCUGAACCCUGAGUCUUCCUGGUCCCUUCUUAGGAAUCAGAGUGAAAAAUGGCAAACGGAGAGAAUGUGCCAUUUUAUUUUAUGAGCUGGCCAGACUGGUCCACUUAUGGAGACUCUCCCUCCUCUUGUGUUACCUGCUCGGAAGAUGCCCUCCCAGCAACGCUCAGUGAAGAGGGUAAGAAGUCAUCCUGUUAGGUGGGUUAUGCCCCACUAAGACAUCAGCCCAGGGGCCAGAGCUGCACCUCGUACACUAAACCAAGGAGCCCGUUAGGCUAGGUGCCCAGGGUCACAAAGCCCUUUCACGGACACUCCCGGACGGACCACCUGUCGCUGCUGAACUUCACCGCAUAGCACUUUGUGACAGCCUCACUCCUUGUGUCCCCUUGAGGUCUUCCUGCAGGUGGGGCUUAAACAGGGAAGCCAGAGUCCUGGCUUCUGUGAGUAGGCCAUGUGUGCUGGCUGCCUCCGCCUGAGAAGCCAGCUGAUACCAAGACAAAUAUGGAAGAGGGGACAGCGUCCAUGAUGCGUGCACACUCAUGCGCGUGUGUGCAUACACAUAAGCACCUUCCUUUUCAUGGUCAGCAUGACCUUUCUCCAGAGUGGACAUCUAGCUAUAAAGUAGGCUGAACUGAAGCCUUUGGACCCAGGAGGGACCAGCUGUGGUGGUGGUCCAGGAUCCCGGGCUAAGGCAGGAUCCAAGUUGAGGAUCUUGUAACAAUAAACAGCCUGGUGCAUGGAAGACCACAAUUGCAUGGAACAGUCUCCAAAGUAGGCAGAUGGAGCAGUCCCCCAGAUCCAGGGGAAGGGUCUUUGGAGUACCCAGUGCAGGUGUGGGGCUGCCUCACACAACCUGGAAAUGAGAAGGAGGUUGCUGGGGUCUGUGGCCAUAUGUGAGAGCGCGGCGAGGAAAGGGAGUUAGCAUUCAGACAUGAGACUCGCUCCUGCCUCUUCCCUGACUUCAGAGGAAGCUGAGGCUUAGCACGUAAUUGGUUGGUGCCUCCCUCCCUGUUAACCAACCCACAAGAUCCAUGGGAGGGCAAAACAUUGAAGGGUUUGAGAUUCUUAAAUCGGGGCCUUUGUAGAUGGACAGACAUCUUUCAUGAUGGUAACUAAGGUUGCCCUUGAAGAAACCAGAGGAGGACUGAAGGCGGUCCCAGCAUCUCUAGGGGCUGGCUCCUUACUACCCAAGUUCAUCUCCGAUCUAUCUGGUGAGCCAAUGGAGUUGUGCAUUUAUUUUUAAUUACUUAAAAUGCUGGGCUGAAUCUUCUGUUUCCUCUCAGGAACUUAACUUACUCAAUCCAGAUUGCUGUAGACAGGCAGGGUUCGCAGAACAUUCAGAUGGGCCGCUGCUGGGUGUGUGCCUGAGGCUGGACCAUGCUGAGCCCGAGUCAGCACUCAGUGCCUUACUGGGAACAAACCAGCACUCUCGACUCAAGGGGACGCCCCAGUCUUUUCCCUCCUGCCCCCUUCUACAGCCCACAGCCACCGGCCACCUCCACCUUCAUCUUAAGGCAGCUCUGCCAGACCUGCUCUCCCUGCGGUGGCUUGGGGACAUGUCGUGGGUACCUGGUCCUCCAGAGUCAUGAUCAAGGAUAAGGGAUUCAUCCAAGUGAAGGCUAGGGUAUGUUAGUGUUCCAAUGCUGAUCAAGAGCCAAAACAAGGGUUCACUCACAUACACCAGAGGCAACUGGCACAGCAAGCAACGGGGAAAAAAUGAGUGUUUCUUGGUAGAAAGGCCCGGAUGAAUACCCAAGGUUUGGCACUGUGGCCGUCAGGUUGUCUCCCCAAGAGCUUGAAUGCCAGGUCUUUCCUGUGGAGAAAAAUGCAAGAAGCACCUGACAGCCAAGAGCCCCCUUUCCCCAGCUGCAUUUUAUUUAACACUUUUUAAAAAUGUUUUUAAAGAAUUAAGUACCAUUUUUAAAAUGUAACCAGGGCCAGACUUACUUGGUACCAGCCUUCAUAUUGGGACAGAAUCCUGUUUCUGGCCCUAGUAAUUAAUGUUGUAAGUCUUCAUCACAUUGUUGUUCAAGUCACCUGUAAAAAUCUGGGUG